AUGAAGGAUGCAACCUACGCCUUUCAGAAGGAUGCCUAUGCCGACCUCGACUUCCUCAACGACGUGGGCUACCUGCCGGACGGAACGGCGAUGAACCGGGCGGGCAAUGCCAUCAAUCAUCCGGAGACCAUUGCCGCGGACAAGCACAUCUCUGGAACCCCGCUUCCCCGCGCCAAGUUUGUGAACUCGGUCGGCUACUUGCCGGACGGCACCCCCAUGAACGCAGCGGGCAACGCUAUCAACCAUCCGGAGACGAUGAUGCCAGACCCACAUGUGGCCGGCUCGCCACUGCCCCCUUCUACGUACAUGGCUGACACUGGCUACCUUGCAGACGGCACAGCGCUCCUGACAGCCGGCAACAACUCCAUUAAGGCCGCGCCCGCGCCGACGCUUCCACCUCCUGGAUGGACCCCGCCCACCGCUCGGUCCACUCCGGCCCCGGCACCAGCUCCUUCGGCCCCAGCGGUGGCAAAGAAUACCAAACUUCACGGCAGCAGCUUCGAGUACAGCUUCCAGCGAGAUGCCUACGCAGAUCAGGAGUUUACGAACGACGUGGGGUACUUGCCGGACGGCACGGCGCUGAACCGCGCCGGCAACGCCAUCAACCAUCCUGAGCGCAUCGGUCCGGACCGUCAUGUGCCGGGAUCACCACUGCCACGGGCGAACCUCGUCAACUCGAUUGGUUAUCUUCCGGAUGGCACGCCAAUGAACAAGGCCGGCAAUGCGAUCAACCAUCCGGAACGGAGCGCUCCAGAUCCUCACACUCCAGGAUCACCACUGCCUGAGUCGGCAUAUGCUGCGGAUGUUGGCUACUUGGUUGAUGGCACGCCGCUGGAAGCAGCCGGCAACAACUCCGCGAGAAUGGCAACACCAGUCCCGGCCCCGGCACCAACUCCAAUGGCAGCAACAGCGCCUGCUCCGGUGCCAACUCCAGUUCCCAUGGCGACACCAAUACCCACUCCGGUGGCAGCUCCCACUCCAGUUCCGAUGCCGGCUCCCACCCCCGCCCCCAUUUCAUCCCCACUCCCCAUGCCGAAGACAUUUGUGCCACCAACCCCGAAGUCAUCGGUGUCCACACCUGCAGCUCCCGCCGUUGCUCCGGCUGCCGUCAGCAUGCCCCCAACUCCGCCAGCUGCGGCCUAUGUCGCGAAUCCAAUUCCGGCAGCUCCUCCGACUCCAGCUCCAACUCCGGUUGCACCCACCGCAGCCCCAACCCCGGCAGCCCCGACCACGCCAGUUCGAAGGAGCCUGGCAGAGAGUAAUGACAUGGACUGCUUGGCCGAUGGAACGCCGAUCAGCAGAGCAGGAAACAACAUCCAUCGCAAGCCUCAGCAGGCGAGCAAUGCCAGCCCCUCCGGAUUCGCUCGAAGGCGUUCUCCUGACGAGGAGAAGCCGGUCCCCACGUGCUAUCUCCCCUAUUGA